AAGAAAAUUAGCGAUCUGCGAAAGCUCCGUUUGAUUCAAUUCAUACUUUGUGUGCAAAUCAUCUAAAAGAUGUAUUAGCGCACUGCGACUUAUUGUUUUACAACUUGCUACUCUUAAACCGUAUUGUGCUAACAUAUUCAAAUCUUGUUUUCCUAAUAAUGAAACAUCUUCCUUAAACAACGUGUUCGUUGUUUCCAAAUAGUGUAGCACAUUUAAAUACGAAUAACGACAACGAAGCUCAUCUGCUUCCACUUGUGUUUCUUUGGCAGUAUUUUUAAGAAAAUCUUUAAGAACUAUACAAUACACUUCAGAGUUUAAUAACGAUCCAUCUUUUUUCUUUAAUAUUUUCAUUGAAAUUUACAAAAAUUUUUGAAAUAGAGAUAUCAUGUCAUGAAAAAAAAUGUGCCUUUUCCAGUCAAAUAGCAUGUUUUGUACUUGACCGUUUCAUUGCUACCUUGCAUGUAACACUUUUGAAAAGUUGAUUCACUGUUGAUUUCAAUAAACGUUCGCAGCACGUUUGUUUCAAAAUUCUUUUUUUAACCUUACAUUAAAAUGGUUAUUAUUUUUUUUAUAGGUGUAAAAAACAAUUCAUUUGACGAACAAUUUAAAACCGCAUAAAAAAAAAUUGCUGGAUUUUAAUAAAGUAGCAGGAAAGUUUGUUUUGAAAACAUUUUUAUUGAUAAACUCAAAAAAUUAUGACACAAAAUUGAUUAUUUUUUUUUCGCUUUGCAAAUAUACGAGUGGUAUCAGGUCGCGAAAACCCAAUUUGUGAAAGCAAGGUGUUUAUGUUAAAAGUAAGCUUAACCUAAUUUUUUUACUUAAGAAGAGUUGAAUUAAAAAGCUGAAGAAAUUACUUUAAAACAAAUGCUGAGCUCCCAAUACAGUGUAAAGAAAAGUGUUCCAUGAGAAAAGCUGUAUUAUUGAACGUACCAAACGAGUGAAUUGUUUCGUAAGAAAAACAGUGUGCACGUAUAACAUGGUCUAUGAAGAUUGAAUUUCAAAUAGAAAAGAACAGCGAGAAUGAAGAAAUUAAAGGUGUUUCUUGCAAAAAACCUGUUAACUUGUUCCUUUUUCAAAUAUUUGAUUUUUUUAAAAUCCCACCUUAGCACUACUUACAUUUUAAAACUAUUAUUUCUUUUAUUGUUCCAUUCAAGCGUAAAUUGUUUUAAAAAACAAACAUGUUUUACUGAUUUAUUAUUUAAAAAGUAAAAGUUCGUAACAUCGAGCAACGUAUAAGAUAUAUAUUGAUUAGAUUUGUGUUUAAGUGAAAAAGAAGGACAAGUUUUAAUUCUGUAUUGUUCGAGUAGCCAAAGUAAUAAUUGGACAGCACCCUUGAAUGUUGUUAAUUGAAAAGAAUUACAUGUUAAGGUCACCAUGUGUAAGACAAUUAAACAAAAAGGUUACAGGUUCUGUGUUCCAAUUUCCAUCUCCAUCUCAGUAUAAGUGACUAUUUAUAUAGAAAACGAUCACUGUUUGUGAUUCAUCAAGAAAUAUUAAAGUGAAAAUUAAAGUCAAUUUAUCCAAUAAAAGUUUAUCAUGUCAUUUCAAGAUUGGAAACCUGUUACAAUAACAAAACAUGAAAAAAAACCAAAAGGUUCUCUUAAACCACAAGAUCUUGUGCAAGCACAACGAAAGGGAGAACCAAUUGUUGUUCAAAAAAAAUUUAUGGGUGGAACAAAUAAAUCUACAAAAGCAGUUGUACCCCAUGCGUCAAAAAUUGAUGAGGAUACUGGAAAUUAUCAUAUUAACCGUGUAAGUCAUGAUUUUGCUACAGCUCUUCAGAAAGCGCGUUUAGCAAAAAAAAUGACACAAGCGGAACUUGCUAAAGCAGUGAAUGAGAAAACAUCGGUAAUCAACGACUAUGAAAAUAAAAAAGGUAUCCCCAAUGGGCCUCUGAUCACUACUUUAAAUCGAGUUUUAGGAGUUCGACUUCCCUCCGUUAAACAAAAAAAAUCCAAAAAUGACCAAGAUAGUUCUUAAAAAUAAUUAUUUUUCCUUUACUGAAACAACAUUG